AUGGACGUCGCCAUGACUAAGGCGCAACAGUAUGCGGACGAAGAACAAAAGGCGAGCAAUAGCAUAAAUGUGCAAGUAGGAGAUGCGUCUACGGGCGCCGUGCACGCUGUAACAUUGAAUUCAACCCACGUUGCAAUAGAAGAGCUACGUGAGGUUCUGGAACGACUUAGCGGCGUGCCUGUAGCCGAUCAGAUUCUGCUGGGAGGUCCGCCCUUUGCACGGCUGGAUCCGCGUCGCACCAUUGAGUAUUAUGGAUUACCAGCAAAGAAUAAAGAAGUAUUUCUAUACGAUCGUCGUCUGCUGUCACAAGAUGCAGCCAUGUCUAUACCCACAUCGGCAGCUUUAGCUCCAAUCCAUGCCGACUUGCCAUCGCAGCCAAUGGCUUCAUCUGAAGGCUCAAAGAUGCUCAGUGAAAGUUCACAUCCAAUGAUGCGAGCACUGGCGGAAUAUGAAGGCUAUUUCCAAUUGCAGGUUAGUCAGAGUGAGGCGCUGGGGAGCUGUACUCGAGCAAACAUUACAGCGAGUGAGCAAAGCACACAUGAAUUGCAGGUUCAGGAGGGAGCCGUUGCCGCUGCUAUUGCGAAUUUGGAUCUGUUCAAAAACUCGAUGAUGAAACACUUUGCUCCGUUUUGGGACGAUUUUCAGGCUACGAUUGAUAAACACGAGCGCCUGCUAAGCCGAUUUGAUAGUUAUCUUGAGGCGCUGGCGACGGUCAAGCUACAUCCAGCGCUACAACAAGAUGAGCGGAAGACGCUUCAUGACUGUGUACCUGUUGACAAGGAGCGGGAAUGGGCGGUGCAGUGCGAAAAAUCCCACACUCAUGUGCGAGCACAAGUCAUGAAACUUCGACAGGUGCACGAUGAAAUUUGUAAUGAGGUCACAGACAUGUUGGCUGCACAUGCAAACACAUGUGGGGAGCUUGACGAAGCAAGCAUGGAAUUAGAACAGAUGAAAGUAUUAGAGGACAAGCAAAUGGUCAUUACAAACACCUUGCGCGACAAUCUACGUUACGUGCUCAACAGCUUAGAGGAGACGUCGUCAAUAGCGAGUGGAAGUAAUCCGUUGCAGGCGUCUACGAAUGCUUUAGACGUUUGUCGGCGCAUUGACGCGUUAUACCAAAGCCAACAAAAUAUGGUUCCUAACGCACAACAUCUGGUGAACGAAGUCGUGGCUCGGGUGAAUAAAAUUGCUAGUAAGAAAGCUGCGACGUAUUCAAGAGUGCUUUCAACACUGCGUAAAAUUUCAAUUUCACAGUCGAAGAUUCGAGACUUUGAAAAUUCGCUGACAGUUUUUCGCGAGGCGCUAGCUGCUCAAAAAAAGUAUUUUAAUGAACUGGAGCAUUUGGAGAAGCUACCAGAAUCGUAUGCGGCCUGUUUGAAGGAAAUCUCUAGGCGUCUAAAAUAUGGACACGUCUUUUCGGAUCGUAUUCAGUCUAUGGCAGAGGAACUUGCCCAGUUGCGUGAGGAUGAGGUGCAACACCGUGAGAUUUUUUUACGCAGCUAUGGCCAGCAUUUGCCUCGCGAUUUCGUUGCGGGACUAGCAGAAAAGCCUUCUCAUUGUGAAUUUCGCAUGCGUCCAUUUGAUCAAAGCCUUCCAGUUAUUGAAGAUGAGCAAAAACCUGACUCAUAUGGAGAUAAAGAACGGUCUUUGUCGGACGAAUUUGUAGAUUGUGAGGAUCCCUCGUCGGAAUCAAAUAAAAUCGCUGAAAAUUUGCAGGAACGAUGCAAGGAACUGGAGGCGCGAGUGCUGGAGCUUACAACAAAAUUGGAGCAGGCAAAUAAGCAUUCAUACUUUGAUGGUUCUGGCAGCGAAUCGAUCGCUCGGUCUGACAUAUCAAAAACCAGCGCACGGGAAUAUGGCAGUUCGUGCGAAUUUCCGUUAGUUAUGGCGCUAGCAGAGACUGCAAGUGGUAUGACUAGCGUAUCAGAAGUCAAUCGGUCUAACCCUCUUGACCAAGAGCUAGCAACUGUGAGGCGAAACAUCGACAAUGAAAAGAAAGACGCAUUAAUUGCCAAACUGGAGAUUGAAAAUCAGCAAUUCUUGCUUAACGCGGCAGCUUUUGAAGAAUAUCCUUUCUACCAUUUUAUAUUUGCAUGCUGUGUGGCAUUUUAUCUGUUGACUGAGCGAUCAAAGCAUGAAAAACAGCUCAAGGAAAAUCAAUCCAUGUUACAGCAAACACUUACUGAACUAGAAAGCACGGCUCGAAGUCAGCGUAAUCUAUUGGCAAGAGUAUUGAGACUUCUUCAGCUUCCCGUCGAACCGCAAAGCUUAGAAAAUGAACACAUCGAUGCGUAUCUGGAAACCAAUUUUGAUGUCAUUGAGAAACGUGUGGAGGAGCUUUUGACAAGCGCCGAGUCGGAAGCGUCGGAACUUUCUAAGCGGCGGUCCGAUCUUAGCUUGGUGGAGUCCGAGCUUGAUACGAAGGACUCAUUUAAAAUAUCUUUUCGAAGCUUCUCUGUGAAUGACCUGGCACUUUUUUUGCCUACAUCAGCGCCUGGGAGCGAAGCACAGCGUGUUUAUCUAGCCUUUCACCUUGGUUGUCCCCAUCGUUUUCUUUCAGAAGAAUCCAUUUCAUCAUUUAGCCAUGACGGUCAAAGAUACCCGGACUAUGUUGUUGGCCGUAUCGUGCUUAUUGACGAGCAGAUAGCAACGGAAGUCAGUAACCCGUUCGCACUUCACCUUGGGACAACAUUUUACGUCUUGACGCCACCAGCUCUCAUGGAUGCUCAGCAGUCGAAAGCAGCCGAGGCUAUAACGGCCAAGCGUGCCGCCGAGCAAUUCGAUCGAGAAUUUCAGCGCUACACAACCAAACAGUCCGUUAAAAGCGCGCGCGCUGUUGCCCUAGCUCGAGCUGAGCUUGCCAAGUACAAUGCGCUAGUUUUUCAAGAUAAGAAGUUAGAAGACGCAGGUAUCAUGAAAGGUCGACUGUCUCCAGAGAUGCGUGCCAUUUAUGAGAAGAAGAUUAAGGAUAUCGAGAACGCAUUGGACACGUUUCACCUGUCUGUGGCAGGUUACAAUCGUACCAAGGCGCUUUUAAGCUUCGUACUGCUUGUGGCUUUUGCACUUAUGAUGUUCUUUCAACCAUGGGCCAAGCAUUUUAACGACUCUGACGAUCUGACAUACGAGGAAUACGAAGCGCUAGAGGAGGAGUCGAGCGAGACGUUGAAAGACAACGUUGGUCUCAGUGAUGAGCUUUAA